UAUCAAUGCAAUGGGUGGGGCCACAAACGCUAUCACGAAUGAGAUAGUUUGAGACCAAUGACCGUCAAGGCAUAUCACAUGGUGAUUGUCAUGUGACUGUUGGAAGCUGCGACUUUGUGAUUGUGGAGCGCAGCGUCCCUAUUCCCUUGAAUUCAUUCAUGUCCUGCAAAGCAUCGCCAUGGCAUCAUCGAACUGUAACUGCAUCCAAGACGGUACAGAGAAGGAUGAGCUGUUCUCACCUGUGAACAGCUACAGGUCCGAUGACCUCAGUGGCGGGAACCCCCGGGUCACCGGUCUGGUAGGCUCCGAGCUCAGGCAACCGCAGCAGGAGGAGGAGGCACUGCGGAGGAAGCUCAAGUACUUUUUCAUGAGCCCCUGUGACAAGUACCACGCCAAAGGCCGCAAGCCCUUUAAACUAGUCCUGCAGCUGCUCAAGAUCCUCAUUGUCACUGUACAGUUAGUCCUGUUUGGCUUGAGUAACCAGAUGGUGGUGACAUUCAAGGAAGAGAACACAGCAUCCUUCAAACACCUUUUCCUUAAAGACUACCGGGAUGGCUCUUCAAUGGCAAUCCACACACAGAGUGAACUCUAUAGCCAUAUUUAUUAUGCUGUAGAUCAGUUCCUGGCUCUACCACAGACAUCAGUGGGGCGGUAUGCAUAUGUGUGGGGUGAGGGUGUGAAUGAGAGUGCCCUCUCUCUGUGCCAGCGGUACUACAAGAGGGGCAUCAUCGACCCCAUCAACGACACCUUUGACAUCGACCCCAAAGUUAUUACCGAUUGCAUUGGUGUGGACCCACUACCAGACCCUCCUUCUCCUGAUUACAGUAACUACAAGAACUUCACUCUCCAGUUUCACAAGCUGAUCAAUGUGACCAUUCAGUUCCAGCUGAAGGCCAUAAACAUCCAGACCAUCAUCAACAAUGAGAUUCCUGACUGCUACACCUUUGAUAUUAUGGUUGUCCUGGAUAACAAGGCUCACAGCGGCAGAGUGAAGAUCAGCCUGCUCAACCAUGCCUCCAUCAAGAAGUGCAAAGACCCCAACGUGUGGGGACAUGCGGAGAACUAUGCACGGGAGGCUUUUGACGUGCUGGUGGCCAUAGUGUGUCUGCUGUCCCUGCUGCUGUGUGGUCGCUCCAUCCUCAGAGGAGUCAUCCUACAACAUGAGUAUGUCCAGUUCUUCAGACACAGACUGAAUCACAGUGUGUGCUGGGCAGACAGGAUGGAGUUCAUUAACGGCUGGUUCAUCCUGCUCAUCAUCAGUGACCUGCUCACCAUCACUGGCAGCUUCAUCAAGAUUGGCAUAGAGUCCAAGAACAUGUCGUUGUAUGAUGUGUGUGGGAUUCUGCUCGGUACCUCCACUCUGCUGGUGUGGGUGGGAGUCCUCCGCUACCUCAGUUUCUUCCAGAAGUACAAUAUCCUGAUUGUGACGCUGCGGGCUGCCUUCCCUAAUGUAAUCCGCUUCUGCCUCUGUGUAGCUGCCAUAUACCUGGGUUAUUGCUUCUGUGGCUGGAUCGUGCUGGGUCCUUACCAUACCAAGUUCCGCUCUCUGUCCAUGGUCUCAGAGUGCCUGUUUUCUCUGAUCAACGGGGACGAUAUGUUUGUGACGUUUGCUGAGAUGCAGAAGAGUGGCACGCUGGUGUGGGUGUUCAGCCAGGUCUACCUCUACACCUUCAUCUCCCUCUUCAUCUACAUGGUGCUCUCCCUCUUCAUUGCGCUCAUCACCGGAGCCUACGAUGCCAUCAUGGCCCAAACCCAGGAGCCGAUGCACAUCACAGACCUGCAUGCUUUCAUAGCAGAGUGUACUGAUACACCUUGCUCUGGAAAGUUCCGUGGCCCAGAGGCAUCCUCCUGUUCAUUCUUCUGCUGCUGUGACUGAAGAGAGAAUCCUCCAGUGGGAGGAUGUCUUCUUGGUGAUCGGACCUUAGACUACACUGUCCUCUGUAGGAUGUGGCACUUCGGUGCAUUUAAAUUCAGACGGGUACAGUACAACGUACAACUUACUAACUGCUGUAAAUCGCACAUUAAUAUUUAAUAUACCAGUUCAUUGGGUUUUUAUAGCUAACAAGUUACAUUCAUAUGGCUAGCUCAUUCUGCUAGCUAAUUCAUGACUGUAAUACAACAAUAUAGCUAGCUGUCCUUUCCGAGAACUGAUUUUGCACAACGUACUGUAUAUCUGAAUAUGUUUUACUAAAUAGGAAUUUUAUUUAUGGUGCAGUUUUGAUUUAUAUUGUUGAUAAGCCUUUGUUGAAUUGGGUCUGCAUGAACCUAUGACUGAGGGACGGCAAUGGUUUAAUUGUGCUUUACUGUGCCUGGGGGCCCUGAACAUUAUGAUUGUCCUCUGAAUUAUGUUUAUUACAGAGACACGCACUAACAGACAGGCUGAAACGUGCACACCGUUAUGUACUGUAUUUUUAGGGAAGGCUACUCACUCUUUGGUCCUUUAUUCACCUCUCCUCCUCUGGAUGGGAUGACGACAUGUUCAAGGACGGGACCUGCAGCCGUAGUUAGUCAUCAAUAUGUAUGAAGCCUUUGGUGUAAAGAGACAGGUGACCCUGACCUGAACACCAAUGUACUGCAAGACCGCUAUAGUGGGUUUUAUAGUGCACUGUACAGACUCCAUAUUGCUGAGGAAAAGACACAUUUGAAUUUUAAACAAUGCUAAAUGUUUUAACCACCCUUAUUAAUUAUUUUGUUGGAUGACUGUUGCACCUGACUGAAAUACAAGGCCAGUAAAAUAUUAUUUUAUGAGAUAUAUAUAUCUGACAUUGUUAUAUUGAAUUCAGUGUUAAUUUAUUGAAUCUCUCUCCAGGCAAAUUAAUUCUGCAAACCAGUAUGUGGUCCAAAUCAUGAUUCACUGAAGGAAAGGGACUGAAUUACCAUAUUUUAUCUGUUUUAUUUGAAAAGCCUUUUGAAGUGAUAAUGUAAUUUAAUUGUAUGAAAUGUUAUGAAAGCUAAUAGUGAUGUUCAUUAGGAGACAAAAGGACUCAUUGCACAAGAUUCGUAAGCGAUCAAAAGGAAGGGAAGGGUUGUCAGUAUAGUACAAAUAGAGAAAUCAUUGAUGUGUACCCAGAAUGUACUGAUUCUGGUGAAGGUGUUUUUCCAUUACAUGUUUUCUAAAGUGAUUUAUUCAAGUAUGUGUUGAUGACUAGAAAUGUACAUUUUUUUUUUUUCCUUCCCAUUCUUUGAAUGUUUUUACUUAGUACAUUUAUCUUGCUUGAGAUGAUCAGGAACACAUGUACGAUGAGCCACGAUGACAGAACUAGAACCAGUGCUAAAUGUCUCAUGGCAUGCAGCACAGUGGUGUAGAAGAUUACUUGUAAGGAUUGUUGUUGUAGUGUAUUUCUUAACUACAUGUGUUUUAUACUCUGCUAACUUGAUACUUUCUGAUGUAUUUCUCAUUGUUUUACUCUGUUAGUGUUGGUUAGACUGAUACUAAUAAUUUUAGUAUGGCCAAAUUGCUCAACAUCUACAUUUUGGAUGAGAAUCUCGCUUGUACAUAUUUAUUUUUAAAGCUGUUCUCGUUUUUUGCCCUUUUUUUCCCAGUACAUUGCAUAUCUGUGCCACCUCUCUGGCUAAUACCAGUAAACCACCUCCAAUUAAAACUAUUGAAAGCGUA